AUGAUGACAGGGAUAUCGAAGCAUGGCAUGCAGCAAGGAUACCAUUUUGGGGAAAGCGCGUCUGUGCUCUUUCUUGCAAAAAAGUGGUUCGUUAUCUCGAUUCGCUCCUGCCCUCUUCCUUGCAAGACUCAGUACGUACCACAGUCUAACCACCACAGGCUCAGUCAGCCUCCCAGCGAAACGGUUCAACUCUCUCUCUGCGUGUCAACUUUGUCACUUUGUCUCUUUGUGGCCCGACUCGAACGACCUCUCGUAGAUUUGCAUGGCCUUUCUUUCGCUCUGCCUCUACGAAAUCGCCCCCCCUCCCCCAGACGAAAGAAAAGGCCUCAGAAUUCACAUCUUACGACUGCCAUCGACGGCUUGGCUGUCCGCGCUCCUGGGCGUGAGGAUCACUGCCGAUGCGACUCCAAUCCAAAACUCACCGACAAUCCACAACGCCCAUAG